GGCGUUUGAGGAAGUUCAAGGUCACGGCGCUAAGUUCGAUUCGAGAUGCUCACAUUCGAUCGUUUUACAGCAGAUUUCAGAGAAGAGGUGAUUGUUGAGCGACUAUAACAGACGGGACUAUUAAGAAGUUCCUGUGUCUGUGACUGCGGCAAUCAAAUGACUGCAGCAUGAUGUGCAGACUACCGUGAUGAUAUUGUAUUUCGUUGUACUAUAUGUUGGAGAAAAAAAUCUGCUCGAACUGGCACUUUCUUUGCGCGAUCACAAGUACAUGAAUCGUUUGGGGGAGUUGGAAAGAUAGUGGAAAUAGAUGAGACAGUAAUUAGAAAGCGAAAAUACAACAAAGGACGUUUUAUCAAGGAAGAUUGGGUAAGUAACACUUCCGUGAAUAUACGUGAUUUUCUCGAUCCAAUGACGGGGGUUCAUACAAACAAUAUUGAAGGCAUGUGGUCUAGGCUGAAGUAUUUUUUAAGACCCUACCACGGUUCCAGAGGACGAUUAUUAUGGAGCCAUAUGGACGAGUUCCUAUACCGCAUGCAUUAUGAUUUCAGAACUUCUGAACCUUUAUCCAACCUUAACAAGUUCCUAAAUCAUGUGAAAGAAGAAUAUCCAUUGUAAUUCAUCAGUUUUUCAUAAUAUAUUUUUACUUUAUACCAACUCUUCUGAUUGGCUAAUGUUCUCAAGGUCACUUAAACGUACGUUCAAAGGUCGUCCAUAAAAUAGAGUUUCACCCCUUAAUUGACAAUUAAUUUCCUGUAUUCUCCCAGAGUCCGCCUUUAUUCUCAUGUUUUACUGUGCUCGAAACAUUUUUGUGGCAUUCUGAUAAAUUAUAUUGUUUCAAAUGGCAUUCAACUGUUCAGUUAUAUUUGGGGUUCUUCCUAAACAUUCUUUUGCCAAUCAUUGUAAAGGAAAUUGUGACAUUUGUUACAGAUGAUUUCAUAGAUUGUGGUUUGUUCUGUAAUUACACAACUAAUAAUCUUUCACAAAUUAAUCCUUAUCAAUCAGUUAUAUUUAAUGCCGCAUUGUAGUUAUCAUACAAACCUGUUUGAAAAACAAUGGGUUUCAUUUCGAUAUCAAAACAUAAGCAUUUGGGAGUAGGUUAUUACAAGUUGUUGGGAAGAAACAUAGAAAAAAUUGUACCAUACCUCAUAACUUCUCACUUAGCUAAUUGAACUGGGAUUUAGAAUUUCUCCAAUAAAUCAUUGAUUUUUCUUUCCUAAAUAUGUCAGUUCCUGACUGUUCUGCUUUUUAUGACAAGGUCGUUUGUAGUAACUUGUACUGUAUUUUUCAGAACGUUGGAACUUGUCAGCAUAUGUCGGGUGAUUGGUAUUUGUCAAAACAAAUAUCUGGGGGCCCAAAUCAUUCUAAUAAGAAAUAACGUCCCAAAUACAAAUUGCUUUAUCAUCUUAUUCGGAGACUUGCAGUUGCUGACUACGUGCACCGUGCAGGUUACUUCAUUUUGAACCACAAGACGAGAGUGAACAAUUGGCAGAUCUGCUCGCUUUCUUAACGUUACAUAAUUCAACUACUGAAUUCUGUGGUUAACCUGUGACGAUGAUUGUGAUCAAUCGUAGCCGUAAGAAAUUAAAUAACCAAAUAGUCAAUCAAAUAGAGUGUCUUGAUGCUACCAUUAAACUCAAAUGGAUAGUAUGUGAUUUACUUGCAAUGAGUUCGAGAAGCCAGGUGCAACCAGCCGAUAAUAUGGUGAUACGAAGAGUGUAAUAAUUAAUUACUUUUGGGUUUGUGGUAUUAAUAGUCUAGUAACCAGUAUAAGACCAAUAAAUAUAGGAUACUAGAUACUUCAAAUUGGAUAGGUAUUACCGAAUUUCUAAACCCUAAGAACAUGAUAAUGAUUACUUGCUGCACAUGGUAAGUGAUUUGUGAAGGUAAAACUAAGUUAACCUUAUGAGCACAUUGUUUAUGAAUGGGUAGUGUUAUGCCAAUUAGAACUUUUGUUUGACACCUCAUGACGAAACGUGACUCCAAAAUAUGUAUUUGAUUGCAUUAGUGGUUUUUAUUACAUUAGAUUGCAUAAUACUAAGUAAAUUACGAAGCUUAAAAUCAUGUUACUUUUUAUCAUUUCCUUAGCUAUAAUGAGUUGUCCGAUUUGUGAAAAUCGCCAACUUAUAGAAGAUGAAAACACUGGGCAGUUGAUUUGUUCAGAAUGUGGAACUGCAACAGGUGUUUAUAGAGGAGUUACCCAAUCCCAGGAUUUCUCUGAAACCCGCGGAUUACGAGUGAUUCAAAAGACUGAACUUAUAGGUAGUCAAUCCAACCAAGCAGCUACAGAUAACAUGACGGACACAUCAAGAUUUGUGAAAGUUGAAUCGGAUAUCACACAUGACCAAAAUAUGAAUUCUGUUUGUCGUGAAGACCUCUUAAACACAUUAGAUGAUGAUCUUUUCAGCGUGAAUGAGGUGAACCUCAAUAAUGCUAUGCAGAAAGAAAAGUGCUUUGAAAGCCAUCGUCCUUGGCGGUUAUCUGAACCUUUCACUUUCAUAAUGAGACGUCAAACAAAUUGUUUGGCUAAAGAAUUAAAUCUUUCUGGGAAACAAAAAGUAUCAUUUUGUGAUACUGUUUGGAACAUAUGGCUCCACUAUUUGUCUAUAACUGGCGAACUUGGCUCUGAUGCUUGGGUAAAUGCAGCUCUUUUAUUGGCAAAGUCGCUUCGUGAAGUACUUGAAAGCAAGGUGAAUCCAGAAGAAGAGAAGCCUGCUAAUAAAAUAUUACGGAAACAUAAAACAUCGGAUCACUGUUAUAUGAUUACCCAGCGUGAACACGAAUGGGAGCUCAUAAAAACUCGUCUAAGUCAAUUUCAGUGGGUUGGUUGGGGUCUAUUGUAUGAACCAGAGGAAGGUCGGGAAAUAACUAAUAUUCUACAUUUGUCUCGAAAAAAAAAGGCAUCAAAAAAAGUCGACAAAAGUAAAAAAUCUAAACGACGUGGACGUAAACGGAAAGACUGUAGUGAGUCUGAUUCAUCAGAAUCCGUUUUUUCUGAUAAAAAUCCUGAUGAUGAUGCUCAAUCCGUCCAUUCAUCUGCUUAUAAUGGUGAAAGGGAUUUGAGAAACCCAGAUGUUCAUGAUUCAGACCUGUCCUAUCAACCUAAAGCUGUGGAAUCAGAAUUAUUCCCUAAUAAUGAUUGGACACAGGAAAUACCACCACAGCAUUUCGCCAAAAUACUAUCUCAGUCACGACCGAUGGGUCAUUUACUUUGGCGUGGUCAAAUUGAAGGUGGUUUUAACUGUCGUGUGUUAAUGGAGUAUAAUGUGGCUAUUUUGUUUAUCGCUUGUUUGACUACUUGUCCUGUACGAAAUGCAGUCAAUCCAUUAUUUUCUUCACAUUUUAUAAAUCCAGAUUUCCCAAAUAAUCCAUAUGCACUUACUACAAUGAUUACUUUAAAAGAUUUACAAGACCUAUGCAUUAAUCAUCGUUUACCUUUCAUAUCUGUUCAAAGUUUAUUUCCUCCAGGGGCCUUUUGCAUUCGUGAUCAGAGUCUACUAAGUUUAAUCCGACGUCAUAGACCUCCAGAAAUCAACCAUUUAGCGUAUGCAACUGUUCGGAUGCGUGAAUUUAUUGGGCUGAAUCAUUUCCCAAAAUAUCCACUGAGCUGGUUGGUGCAUCGUUAUAUAACCGCUCUAGGUCUUCCGGUGGCAAUGCAUGAAUUUGUACGACCUUUGUUAGAGAGACUACAGCAGGAAUGUAUUUCUGCUGACAAAUAUAUAUACCGCUCUUUGUUAAGUUCAAUCCCCUGGCCCAGGGUCUUUCGACCAGAAGUGUUUGCAAUGGCAUUAGUUGUUAUAUUGUUACGUCUUGUAUUCAAAUUCGAUGAUACCUUUGAACAUCGACUUAGUUCUGUCGCUAAAGCUCUGGAGUUAUUUCCCAAUCGUCCAGUUAAAAGUGGUCAAACGUCGGACAUCUCAUUAUACGACCGACCUUUUGUCUGGAUUUCAUGGGUGCAAUAUAUCGACUCACGAUUUCAUCCAUCUCACAAACUUAAUUUACAUUUAUUGAAAAGUGAUCAAAAUCCAUUUAGUAAUGCUCGAGUUCAUGAAUUUAACCAACCAUUAGUCAUGACUGCUAAUCAAGGAUCUGAACUACUCAACUUAGAUAAAGCUUCUGAUUUCUUAGGUUCAACUGAAUUCAAAAUUGGUCGUGAUAUUGGUUGGAAUGAGAAGAGUAUGAAGAAAAUUAAAAUAGCUGAUGCUUCAGUAAAAUGGUCACUAUCUCAGCCAUUGCGUAAUCUAUUCGAACCAUGUCAAGUGGUUGAUUUGACUGAUUCAACUUUAACUACUCAAAAUCAAUGUACGCAUCGUCAUCAAAUGGUUGUCGGUAAUUUUACAUCUGAUUCCUUUACUAACAGUAAAAAAACCACAAUUUACAAAUGUUUGCUACCUUCAGAUUGCGAACAAGAUGGUUUACUAAGCCCAUUUCUCAAUACACAGUUAAACUUUUUGUAUAACGAAGAUAUUAAUGUCAAUGAUUAUAUUCCGAAUUCGUUUAAUGACCAUCAAACAGUGACCGAUUCAUAUGGAUUUAAUGAUUGCACUAUAAGAGAGUGGUGGUCAGAUUUGAUAAAUCAACGAUCUGAUUACUACUCGAUUUGUAUUGGAGAAUGGUCUUCAAAUUCUUCCAGCAAAUCUCAGUGGAAAAAUCGUAAUCGUAGCAAACAGCCACUUAUUUUACCAAAACCAGUAGAAGAAUUCAUUGCUAAACAUGAUGAAAGUUUAUCCAGAGCGCUUGGUCGUGAUGAAUUAGUUCAUGCCAAACAGAACGACAAUGAUAAUUCUUUAACUGAAGAAUCCAACAGUCUCAAUGCUGCUCAGAUCUCAGAAGCUGAGGAACCUGUUUGUUUGCAUUGUUCUGACCCUAGCCGAAGUAUGAAGUGGCUAGUCGACAUCUGCGCAAUGAUUUGUGGAGCGUCCAAUAUUAAAUCACUACUCACUGAAAUUGAAUGUCUAGAACGUUUGCUUAAGUGGCAUGCGAAAGCUUCAUGUUCACACUCAGUUUCAGGAAAUGAUCCACGUCAAGUUGACUAUGCACUUUUGUCAUUUUUUGAUUUGAAUGUAGAUAUUUGUGAAGUAUCAGGAAAUCUGUAGAAUAGUUACUUUUUCUAUAUCUCUUUUCUGAUAUGUCGUUCUCAAAUUAAUUUGUACAGAGAUACCAAUUAUCUAUAUUUUACUUAUUUUAUCAACUGAACCUGAACUAGGUUUUUGCUAUGUAAGUUGUGUAUUCGCUGUGGUAAAUCUGUUUUUCAUUGAAUUACACAGUAUUGAGAAAAAAUCUUAACGUACAUAGACU